CUCUCUGUGUGUGUAUCCUACAGGGGUGGGGUAUCCAGCGAGUGGUCUCCACCUCCGGCAAGUGCUGCUGCGGCGUCCCGCGGCCUCCCCGAGAAUCAGGCGGGAGGGGAGAGCGGGUGUGGAUUGGUCUUGACGAACUAAGGUUCCAGAUGGCAAAUUCUAUGAAUGGCAGAAACCCUGGUGGUCGAGGAGGAAACCCCCGAAAAGGACGGAUUUUGGGUAUUAUUGAUGCUAUUCAGGAUGCAGUUGGACCUCCUAAGCAAGCAGCAGCGGAUCGCAGGACUGUGGAGAAAACUUGGAAACUCAUGGACAAAGUGGUCAGACUGUGCCAAAAUCCCAAGCUUCAGUUGAAAAAUAGCCCACCAUAUAUACUUGAUAUUUUACCUGAUACAUAUCAGCAUUUGCGACUUAUAUUGAGUAAAUAUGAUGACAACCAGAAACUUGCCCAACUCAGUGAGAAUGAAUAUUUUAAAAUCUACAUCGAUAGUCUGAUGAAAAAGUCGAAGCGGGCAAUAAGACUCUUUAAAGAAGGCAAGGAGAGGAUGUAUGAAGAGCAGUCACAGGACAGACGAAAUCUUACAAAACUGUCCCUCAUCUUCAGUCACAUGCUGGCAGAAAUCAAAGCCAUCUUUCCCAAUGGGCAGUUCCAGGGAGAUAACUUUCGUAUCACGAAAGCAGAUGCUGCUGAAUUCUGGAGAAAGUUUUUUGGAGACAAAACUAUUGUUCCAUGGAAAGUAUUCAGACAGUGCCUUCAUGAGGUUCAUCAAAUUAGCUCUGGCCUGGAAGCAAUGGCUCUGAAAUCAACAAUUGAUUUAACUUGUAAUGAUUACAUUUCAGUUUUUGAAUUUGAUAUUUUUACCAGGCUCUUUCAGCCUUGGGGCUCUAUUUUACGGAAUUGGAAUUUCUUAGCUGUAACACAUCCGGGUUACAUGGCAUUUCUCACAUAUGAUGAAGUUAAAGCACGACUGCAGAAAUAUAGCACCAAACCUGGAAGCUACAUUUUCCGGUUAAGCUGCACCAGAUUGGGACAGUGGGCCAUCGGCUAUGUGACAGGGGACGGCAAUAUCCUACAGACCAUCCCGCAUAACAAGCCCUUAUUUCAAGCCCUGAUUGACGGCAGCAGGGAAGGAUUCUAUCUUUAUCCUGAUGGGAGGAGUUAUAAUCCUGAUUUAACUGGAUUAUGUGAACCCACACCCCAUGACCAUAUAAAAGUUACGCAGGAACAAUAUGAAUUAUAUUGUGAAAUGGGCUCCACUUUUCAGCUGUGUAAAAUUUGUGCUGAGAACGACAAAGAUGUCAAGAUUGAGCCUUGUGGGCAUUUGAUGUGCACCUCUUGCCUCACAGCAUGGCAGGAGUCGGACGGCCAGGGCUGUCCCUUCUGUCGCUGUGAAAUAAAAGGAACAGAGCCCAUAAUCGUGGACCCCUUUGAUCCAAGAGAUGAAGGUUCCAGGUGCUGUAGCAUCAUCGACCCCUUUGGAAUGCCCAUGCUGGACCUGGAUGAUGAUGAUGACCGAGAGGAGUCCUUGAUGAUGAAUCGGUUGGCAAAUGUUCGAAAGUGCACUGACAGGCAGAAUUCACCAGUCACAUCACCAGGAUCCUCUCCCCUUGCACAGAGAAGAAAACCACAUCCAGAUCCUCUCCAAAUCCCACAUCUAAGCCUGCCACCAGUACCUCCUCGCCUGGAUCUAAUUCAGAAAGGCAUUGUCCGGUCUCCCUGUGGCAGCCCAACUGGUUCACCAAAGUCUUCUCCUUGCAUGGUGAGAAAACAAGAUAAACCGCUCCCAGCACCACCUCCUCCCUUAAGAGAUCCUCCUCCACCUCCACCUGAGAGACCUCCCCCAAUCCCACCUGAAAAUAGACUGAGUCGUCACUUCCAUCACGUGGAAAGUGUGCCUUCCCGAGACCAGCCAAUGCCUCUUGAAGCCUGGUGCCCUCGGGAUGUGUUUGGAACUAAUCAGUCAGUGGGAUGUCGGCUCUUAGGGGAUGGCUCUCCAAAGCCUGGAAUCACAGCAAGUUCAAAUGUAAAUGGAAGGCACGGUAGAAUGGGCUCUGACCCUGUGCUUAUGCGGAAACACAGACGCCAUGAUUUGCCUUUAGAAGGAGCCAAGGUCUUUUCCAAUGGCCACCUGGGAAGUGAAGAAUAUGAUGUUCCUCCCCGGCUUUCUCCUCCUCCUCCUCCCGCUGCCACCCUCCUCCCUAGCAUCAAGUGUACUGGCCCAUUAGCAAAUUCCCUUUCAGAGAAAACCAGAGACCCAGUAGAGGAAGAUGAUGAUGAAUACAAGAUUCCUUCAUCCCAUCCUGUUUCCCUGAAUUCACAACCAUCUCAUUGCCAUAAUGUAAAACCUCCUCUUAGGUCUUGUGAUAAUGGUCAUUGUAUAUUAAAUGGAACACAUGGUACAUCUUCAGAGAUGAAGAAAUCAAACAUCCCUGAAUUAGGCAUAUAUUUAAAGGGAGAUGUUUUUGAUUCAGCCUCUGAUCCAGUGCCAUUACCACCUGCCAGGCCUCCAAGUCGGGACAAUCCAAAGCAUGGUUCUUCACUCAACAGGACGCCCUCUGAUUAUGAUCUUCUCAUCCCUCCAUUAGGUGAAGAUGCUUUUGACGCCCUCCCCCCAUCCCUCCCACCUCCCCCACCUCCUGCAAGGCAUAGCCUCACUGAACACUCCAAACCUCCCGGCUCCAACAGCCGGCCAUCCUCAGGACAGGACCUUUUCCUUCUUCCUUCAGAUCCCUUUUAUGAUCCAGCAAGUGGCCAAAUUCCUUUGCCUCCUGCUAGGAGAUUACCAGGUGAAAAUAUCAAAUCCAACAGAUCAUCACAGGACUAUGAUCAGCUUCCUUCAUCUUCAGAUGGUUCACAAGCACCAGCCAGACCUCCUAAACCACGACCACGCAGGACUGCACCAGAAAUCCACCACAGAAAACCCCACGGGCCUGAGGCAGCAUUGGAAAAUGUUGAUGCAAAAAUUGCAAAACUCAUGGGAGAGGGUUAUGCCUUUGAAGAAGUGAAGAGAGCCUUAGAGAUAGCCCAGAAUAAUGUGGAAGUGGCCCGGAGCAUCCUCCGAGAAUUCGCCUACCCUCCUCCAGUCUCCCCACGUCUAAAUCUAUAGCAGCCAGGACUGUCCACACCAGCAUGGCAAGCAAUCGAUAUUCCAGGACUGUGGAAGAGAGACAAGUGAGAGAAGGUGUCUCCUCGGCGUGGCAUCUUGAGAAGAGGCUUGGAAGUGCUGCUUCUCAGAAGACAUCUGCUCGCUCAGGAUGUCAACGGCUGUGCUUCCUUAUUUCUGCUAGCCAUACUUUUUAAAUCAGGGUUGAACUGACAAAAAUAAUUUAAAGACGUUUACUUCCCUUGAACUUUGAAUCUGUGAAAUGCUUUUCCUUGUUUACAAGCUGGCAAAGUUGCAGUUCAUUUUUGGUUUUAGUUUUGUUUUAGGGUUUUUGGUUUUUGUUUUUUGAUCCUUGUACUGUGUUCUUGACAGACCGUUGGUAGAGGAGUCAGGUCUGCUGUAACAUUUCCCACCAACUCCCCUGCUGUCCACGUCAAUAGCUGAGUCACACGUUCGUUUGGAUCCCUUCCAUCACGCCCCGCCCCCACGCCCAGCCGGGUCCAGUUCCAUUUCUCCCAUUUACAAGAUGCUUCCAAGGUUCUGAUUUUCAACAUAUCGAACUAAUGCAAAAAAAAAGAAAAAAAAAAAAAGUGUGGCCUUCACUACUGAGUCUUGUCUUUGGAAACCUUUGCUGUCGUGAGACGGGAAAAUUAUGAAUGUAUAAAGCAUUUUUUCGUCCGUGAGCUCACUGCCUUUUGAUAAGGGGUUUUUCAUAUGAUAUAGAGGACCAUCCCUUUUUAGUGUAAGUUUUGUGAUCUUUAUCCCUGCAUAUUCUCAUCUUUGUCCUCCCAGGGGCAUCACUACUCUGUAGAAACAUAAAAUAGUAGGAAGCAACUACUGCAGAUGUGGGAGGAAUACACUUGCACGUGACAAUGCCAUGUUGAGGUUAUAGGAUGAGGUCCCCUGGCAUUUACUCCCGCAUUACUUUGAGACAAGCUGAAGAAGAGGGCCGUCUCCCUGAAAUAUGUUCCUGAUUUUCAGAUAAAAUUAUGAUCGUACCUUUCCCAAAGUGGAAGAGAGUUCACUUCCUAUGUGAGUGAUUGCACUCUGGUGCCUAACAGGUGUAGGAACCAGUUCAUACCGCGGCGGAGAAAGUUAAACCUUCAACGCACUGCUAAGUGCUGUUGCUACUGUGGCAAUGUUCUUCUUCUCUGUUUUCGCCUUUUUGGCAAACUCUGCAAUCAAAUCAGAGUUCAUAUUUAAUGUGUAGAUUCUCAUUGUUCCAUCCAGUCAGGGGAAAGAAAUUUAUAUGGUUUUUCUUUUUUUUUUUUUCCAAAAUGGAGGUUGGUUCUUCAGAAACCAUGUUAUUCUUUUAAUAAAGCUACAAAUAUUUAUUUAGCAUCUCUGAUGUGCUUGACGCACUAUGUUUUUAAAGCACAAACUGUCACAAGCUGAUUGCGAUGUAAUGUCUUGUUAUUCUUUAUCUGUGCUUUUGAUGGCAAAAGUCUCUCUCUGAUGGACAAAGCCUAAUGAGAAGUUCGUGGAGAAAUGGGACAAAACCCAGGUCUGUGUGAAAUGCUUGAGCCCACAGCAGUUUUUCUAAAUAUGGACUCACUGCAGGGUGGUGCGCAUUUCUGCCGCUCCUCUUUCAGCCUCACACCUGGUGUGAUGUACAAGGAUGCAUCUGCUAGUGAGCCUCUCUUCAGGAUUUGAAAGGACAGGACCAAACACCUAGCAGGACCCAGGAAAUCAGUGUGCAAGCCUGGAGGGGUCACCAAGUUAACCAGGGGAGGAGAACCAAUGCAUUGUUUUGCAGUGACGUGCGACAUGUGCCCUUGAGGGUUUGGCUAUCACGAUAGGAGGUACUUGCAAGGAGUCCACGGGCUUGGGUGUUUUAAUUUCUUCAGGUGAUUCUGCACUGGUCAGUGGUGUCCCCAGAGAGGAAUUUUGACUUUUCCUUAGAUGUUCCACCUGUGAGCAGGUAUAUGAGUGCAGUUUUGUACACUUACGAAUGGCAUCAGCUAAUUCUUCAUUGAUUUAGGAACUUCAUGUACAUCAUCAUGAUUAUUCACUUCUUUUUCUGUCAGUCUCCGAUGGCACGUUGGAAUAGCACUGUAUGUUUUGUGUUUUUUAUGACUUGCCAAUCAUAGGUACAACUAAAAGCCAAAAGUUGCCACUUCAUUGUGAUAACAUCAUUUUAACUUUAAUAGAGAGUGAUGUAAAAUACAAAUGUUAGAAAAACAUAGUUCAUCCUCAGUUUUCAAAUAAUAUGUGAAAAUUUCCAGUGAGAAUUAGAAAAAGACUGAUGAUAUAAAUUUAGACCUACAUUUUUUUUUAAAAAAUCUACUUUGCAAAGAAGACUUACUAGCCUCCACUAAAAUCUCUGCAACUUGUACUCAAUAGCAACCAUUAGUUUUAUCAUUAAAAAGAAUCAGAAACUUCUAUGGAAUGGAAAGAAGGAAACUUUCUAUCAAAUGUGGUCAUGAAAAUCCCAUUGCUACAUAUUACCAAUGACUACCAAACUCAAAAAAAAAAUUUUUUUAAUGGAUAUAAUUAAAAAUACUUUAAUUAUAAAAAUGACUACUCAUUAAUGGUUGGAAAUGAUCAAUACUUGGUUUCACUGUGAUCUAGAAAGUUAGACAUUCCUCCCAUUUCUCAAGACUUGGUAAUUAUUUUUUAAGCCAGUAGACCAUAUAAUCCAUAUAAUUAAAACCAAUCAUGGCCAACACUAACUUGCUCUCCCCCAUCCCCCAACAUGUUCUGGGGAUAGAAGUACUUAUCCUCAAUGAUAGUCUAGUAAAUUAGUCUCCAUAAUUUCUUUUUUUCCCCUUGAUGUCUGCAAUAUCCUGUCCAAAUUUUCUAGAAUUAAUCAGAGCAGUGCUUAUGGUUAACUUGAGCUUCCUUCCACAAAAUGACAUUUAGGUCUUCCCUGUUCAUUUUCCCUUGCCCACAUUGCAGAUAGUCUUACUAAAGCCCUAAUUGCAACUUCAAAGGGCCCAUUUGUUAACUCAAUAUCUCACACACAAGAACACUUGCAAAGAUUUCUUCAUAAUGUGAAUUUUUUUCUUUUUCAGUUCCAGAAGCAUUUCCUACAGUUUGGACAUUACUUUUCCUCUUGAAUUUUCAAAUUUGCACUGAAUUAUCGAACCUGGUUAAAACUUUAAUUUUUUCUCUUAAGCUGACAGAUUUGGAAGCAAAUUACAGUGUGUUUUCAACAACACAGGUACCGCCUGUUGACCUGGGAUUUCAGUGCUUCUAGGAAAAGUUUCCAAAAAAAGACAGCAAUAGAGUGAAGGGUUUUCUUCCCAAUUACUAUUUUUUUUAAAUGCCUUUUUAAGACUUGUCUAAUGUGGCAAAAUAGUUAUGUGUUCAAUUAAUUUAUAUUCAUCUUUUUUCAAUUCUGAUUAUUAUGUAAACUCAAGUACUUUAUCUGUUCUUUUAAGGUAUUUUAUAAAAUGAAUCUUAACAAAA